CGAAGGUCGAGAUGGAUAUUUGGAUUUGGGUGAAUUAAAACGCAUGAUGGAGAAAUUAGGAGCUCCUCAGACCCAUUUAGGACUUAAAGCUAUGAUUCAAGAAGUAGACGAAGAUUUCGAUCAAAAAAUAUCUUUCAGAGAGUUCCUGCUUAUCUUCAGAAAAGCUCGUGCCGGCGAACUGAUCACCGACUCCGGCUUAAGCCAGCUGGCUCGUCUGACCGAGAUCGACGUCGAUGCUGUCGGCGUUGGCGGCGCUAAGAGUUUCUUCGAGGCCAAAAUCGAGCAACUGCAAAGAACCAACAAAUUUGCCGACGAGAUUCGUGAGGAGCAGAUGGAACGCCGAAGACAGGAGGAAGAAAAAGCGCAACGUAGGGCUCAGUUUAGAGAGAAGGCGGCUAUUUUCCAAACUUCCUAAAAAAUUAAAGGAUUGAGGAGGAAGGAGGAAGGAGGAAGUAUUUUAUUUUAUUUAUAUCAGUUUUUUGUUUUUUUUUUUUGAAAAAAAAAGGCGCAACGUAGGGCCCAGUUUAGAGAGAAGGCGGCCAUUUUCCAAACUUCCUAAAAAGUUAAAGGAUCGAGCAGAAAAGAGAAAGUAUAUUAUUUUAUUGAGUUGAGUUUUUUAUCUUUUUUGUUUUUUUAUACUUUGAUUCAAAUGCAACUGUAUCUUCUUAUAAGAAGACUGUUGCCAGUUCAUUUAUUUUUCUAUUUUUCGGAAUCCUUAAUUUAACCCUUUGCGCUUGUAUAUCACUCAUUUUAGAGAGAAGGCGGCUAUUUUCCAAACUUCCUAAAAAGUUAAAGGAUUA